AUGGCAGAACCAGACAAACCCACACUCCUUGAGUCCAUCCGCCGCUAUACAAACGCUCAAAUCUCCAGCGCCCUUCGCUCGCUAAUCGGGGUGCCAACCAUACUCCAGCCACCCACGCUCUCCGACAUGGAUAAUACGCCUAAUGCCACCACAACGCUGUCUCAGCCAACCACGUCUUCCGGCGGGGAGCCGCAACGCGCGGUGGUGGGGAGAGGGGAUAGCAGGGUCGAGAGAAUCAUCAAUGAGGAGUGGAAGGCUAUAGAACGUCAGCUCUUCUUGCGGGAUCCUGAGGAGGUGUUUGGUUGCUUUUUCAAGAGCGCUGGGGUGGGGUUGAAGGGUGAGCUGGCGGAGGAGAUAUUAUGGCCACGGAGUGGGUACGGAGAUGUUUGGGUGCGGGGCGUGCGUCGCGGUGGUGAAGCGGACGUCGGGGGGAAGGGGAAGGGGAAAGGGGGUGGGGAGGGGAAGAACGAUGAUGCGAAGGGGGAGGGGGAAGUGGAUGGAGAGACAGAGUUAGAUGCGUAUGCACAGUUGCUUCCCCUGUCGACCAGGCCGGAGAAUAAAACGGGAGGAGCGGUUGUUAGUUCUGGUGGACGAGAAAAUAUAGGAGUGGUUUCCUCUGUGGCUACUACUCGCUCGGUUACGGUCAACGGGGUUACAAAGACGGAAUAUACCCUCAAGAGGAGGUUCUCGGACGGUCAGGAGGAGGUACUUCAGAAACGGACUACUAGGAGUUCUUGAUGGUUACUCUUGUCUGUUUCUCCACCGUGAUCUCUUUUGUUUGCUCUCUACUUUAGGCGUUUUUUUCUGGGUUUCGCUGGCUGGCUGGUUUGGAGGUUUCUUCAUUUCGUGCGGGCAGGCAGGCGGGAUCGAUGGGGGUUCUUUUUCCUGUGCUGGGUUUACUGUUCUUGAAUCAUUGAUUGGCAUCAAUGCACUUUUAACAAUUUCAACAGGAUAGUAUGAUACAGUGCAAACUUCAGAUACAUAGGUGCUGCUAAUACUAACAGACUAUAUCCCAC